GGCUGGUCGCGUUCCCUUUGCCGGAAAGUGACAGAAAGAAGAUUGAACUUGGCGACGUUUAAUUGCUUCUUUGCCCGUCGCCGUGCUGACGCCCAAGGAGUCGCGUACUGUGCUGCCUUUCCCGGUCAUCUCCCCUUGAUAGUAUACACAACAACGAAAACACAAUAGCAGGAGCCCGACAUACUCGACCAUGUUCCGCCGCCCAGGUGCUGGCCGCUCCAAGGCUUCAGCCGACACUCUCUGCCAGAAAUGCUUGCAACGUGGACAUUACAGCUACGAGUGUAAAGCCCCUGCCCAGGAGCGCCCUUACAAGUCGCGCCCAUCCAGGACACAGCAACUACUCAACCCCAAGCUGAAGCCUAAACUCACCACCGAGGUACCAGAGGAUCUAGUGCGGAAGAAAGGCAUCGCCGACGAGAUUCUAAAGAAAAAAGAAGACGAGCGCAAGCACGCACGCUCGCCCUCUACGUCGUCUGUCGACUCCGUCUCCACCAUAUCAACCAAUCGAUCACGGUCACGAUCCCGUUCACCACCACGCAGAAAAUACCAUAACGCAAGACGCCGAGACCACGACGACAAAGCCUUACGCAAACGAAGCAGACGAUCAAUCUCAACCGACUCGCGCACCUCACGAGACUCAGACAAGGGCGACAGAAACACCCGACGACGCAUGAGCUCUUUCAGCCCCGACGAGCGCGGCCGCCGACGAACCAGAUCCCAGUCAAGAUCCAGAUCAGCACGCAUGCAAACGUCCCUCGAGACCGCCCGAGGCAGGAUACCACACAGCAUGGGCGGCAGCGUCCGGUCACGCAGCCGCAGCCGCAGCACUCGAAGAGACAGAAAGCGACCGGGCCGGCGGUACCCGGUGUCGCGGUCACGAUCCAGGAGCGCGGAUCCCAUGGAUACUUCGGAUGAGCGACACCCCGCGCCCAACGGGACCGCACCAGGAGCCAGACGGGAAGCCUCGCCUCCACUAGCGAAGCGUCCUUCUUCACGCUCACAUUCGCCCUACCGCGAUAGUCGCGAUCGCAGCCCCAGUCCGUUUUCGACGCGUAAAGCCCCGCGCCGGUCGCGAAGCCCGCGCGAGGCGAGGAAUGGCGGGAGGAGACGUGGGAGUCCGAGUGGAAUGGCGAGGAAUAGGUUCGAGGAGUAUCCUUCUGCGCCUCCGGUGCAAGCAGCGCCUCCACCGGCUCCUAGGGAGCGCAGUCUGAGUCCAUACAGUAAGCGAUUGGCUUUGACAAAAGCUAUGCACAACGGAUAAAUCACCAUCUCUGUGGUGCAGAGAAACUGCAAAACCUUGCAUUCUUAGAGCGAAUACGUCUGAAUUGCCCUAGCUGCUUUUAAACUUUCUGCAAAGUUGGCGUGAGAAAGAACAUUGCUAUUCAGAUUGUACGGUAGCGAUUGUUUCUCGGUAUCCAGGGGGGUUUUCCCUAUAUGGGCUCCUCAUUAUUUCUAUUCUUUUUCAGACACUACUAUCUUAUAGACUUGAGCAUGUAUACAGCUGUGUGUAUACCAAUUU